AUGUCGACGCUGUGUCGUUUUGUUUUACCAACAACAUUAUCAACAAUUGAAGAAGCAUGUGUAGCUGAAUUUAAUGAAUAUAAAAAACGUAUGAAAGAAAUUUCACAUAAUAAAUCAUCAAAUAAACGUUUUACAACAACAACUGGAGGAAUAACAACAAAUUUAACAAAUACUCAUGAUUCAUCUCAUCAUCAAAAAGAUCCCAUACGAAAUCCUGAACAAGCUAAAGAAGUAGCUAAAAAACUUGUACAAAGUGGUGCUAUUAAAGUUCAAGCACAAGGUAAGGAUCAUGGAUUUAAACGUGCAACAUCAUCAAAUGCUGGUCAAGAACGUUUGGUUAAAAAAAUGAGUUUAACACCAAAUACACCAUCAUCAUCACAAUCAAUAUCAAAUCAAACUAAUCCAUUUCAAUCGAUUCCAUUUGUUAGUCCAAAUUCUACACCGAAAUUUGUAAAUACGAAUUCUCAUGAAAACAAACGACUUGUUGUUAAUUAUGAUGAUACAGACAAUUACUAG